AUGCUGGUUGCCGAGGCUGCCCCUGCUGUGGCUGGUGGUGGUGGAGCUGUCGAGGUGGUGACCGGCUCGAGCAUGCUGCGGCAGCGCAAGUCGGGCGAGGAGGCUGGCGCGAGCACGACGGCAGAGGGUGCGCGCGAGGUAGUGGCCAACACUGGAGUGGAUGAGACCGAGUGGCCUGAGGGCGUGCAGCUCGGGAUCACCCGCAAGAAGGAAGUGUUUGUGGUGCCGGACACGCGCGACUCGCUCGAGCGCGCGCUCGACUUUGGCUCGUGGUCGGCGUCCGAGUACCUUCGGCUCGCGCUGGUGGUCGGCGUCAUCAUCAACGCCAUUGUGGCGCCGGGCUGGAUGGUCAUCGGCGCGUACGUGUUCUGGCGGCUCGGGUACGACCUAUUCCUGGGCAUUCUCCUCCGCAACCAGUCGCAGCGGCGGACGCUUACCCGCGGGUGGCGCGAUCUGCGGGCCAAGGUCGAGGCCGGGAGCGCGACCAAGGUUGAGGCCAUGUUCUACAAGUACGCCCGCUACUGGGUGGUUGGCACCAUGUCCGGCUCGGCACGGUACAAGGAGGCCGGGCAGCCGUUUGACUUUGACUCUGUCCCCAUCGAGUGCCAGUCAUGGCUCGUCUACCGCGAGCUGGCAGACAUUGUUCUCAACCUUGACGCGGCGGCACACCUUGUGUUCUGCUUCCGGUACUUUGAGGCGCCGGUGUCGGUCGGCUUUUGGGCAGUGAUUCGUUACGUCCUCGGCCUCGCGCUCAUCGUGUUCUCGUUCUGGGCCAAGAAGGACGCGUUGCGUGUGGUCAAGGACUUUGCGUGGUUCUGGGGUGACUUUUGGUUCCUCCUCUACUUUCCACCCAAGCCCAAGGGCUCGGGCUCGAGCUCGGGCUCGGAGACCGGGAGCGAGGCCGGUGGCGACGACUCGUUCGAGCUUGUCUUUGACGGCGUCUUUGAGAUGUUCCCGCAUCCGAUGUACACGGUUGGGUACGGGUUCUACUAUGGGCUUGCGCUCAUGUCGCACUCGUACACGGUGCUGUACGUCUCGCUGCUCGGGCACAUUGCGCAGCUUGUGUUCCUGGCGCUCGUCGAGACGCCGCACAUCGACAAGACGUACGGGACCGGGCCGGAGGCGCCGGUGCGCAACCCGGCGGGCCUCGAGGCGUACUUUGCGCAGGACCUCAUUGUGCUGGCGAACCUCAACCCGAUGCGGGCGCUCGAUGUGGCGACGGUCCUGCUUGUGGGGUACACGCUCUCGCUCUCGCUCUUUGGCUUCUCGUCGGCGUUCUACCUCUGCCUCGCGCUGUUUUGGCGGCUGGUGCACGUGACGCUUACCGGCGGCAUCCUUUCUGCCCAGUCGGCGAGCGACUGGUGGAUCCGGCAGUCUGCGGCGCGCGGGCUUGACCGUGUGCAGGCUUUCAACAACUGGAAGCACAUCUACAACCUGACGCUUGUUCUCGCGCACGCCUCGUUCCUUGUGGCCGCACUCUGCGUCAAGUGGUCGGCACCGACGUUUACUUUUGGCCCGCUCCUGUUCCGCAUCCCGACGGCAGCCAUCCUCCUCGCAAUCAACCUCUGGUCAGCGCGGUCGUCGCUCGACGUGCUCGGCGAGUACGGCUGGUUCUACGCCGACUUUUUCCUCCCGCUCCCGUCGCGCGAGCCCGAGUACACCGGCAUUUAUCGGUUCCUCAACAACCCGGAUUCGGUGACCGGCUACCUUGGGUACUACGGGCUCGCGGUGCUGGCCAACGAGCCAGCCGUCGUCUUCCUCGCCAUGUUCUCGCAGAUCAGCCACUGGAUGUUUGUCAUCCUCGUCGAAAAGCCGCACAUGCACAAGGUGUACGGUGAGGCCGAGCGCUCGGUCGGCGGCAUCGAGAAGCACCUCAAGGCCACUCUCCAGCGCGAGCCCAUUCGCAAGCUCAUCGCCCAUCCGUUUGCCCGCAAGAUCUCCGAGUCGGCCCGCCAGCUCUCCGAGUCGGCCCGCGACAUGACUGCCUCGGCCAAGACCUCGCUCGGCGAGUUCUCGGCCUCGGCCCGUGUCGUUACCUCGCUGGCUAAGGAUCUCUUUGACAAGACCACCGACAACGCCAAGAAGAUGACCUCGCACAUCAUUCCCGAGCCGCUUCCAGACUCGGAUGAUGACGAGCCUCCUGUUGGCGGCGCAUCGUAA